GUUCUCUAAGAGGAUUUUCAAAGCGCCUACUACCGCAUACGGCAGGUUGGUCUGAAGCGAUUCGUUCGCCUCGCCUUAAUGUCGAUGUUACACAGAUGGGUAAUGAGUACACCAACUUCGAGGCCCUUGUGUUGCUUAUUGCUCAUAUAAAUUGACUCCAGGACGUCAUAGCUCUAGAAUCCAUUAUCAUACUCCCUUUUCUAAAAGAGACUUCCAAGCAAAUCCGCCAGACAUGGUAGACCUAGCCAUUACACGCAUCGACGUCUUCCAGGUGGACUUACCAUACUCCCACGGUGUCUAUGUUCUCUCCGCAGGACGAGAGUACAGGAGUUUCGACUCCACCAUCGUCCGCAUAACCACCAACACCGGAAUCGAAGGAUGGGGAGAAAGUUGUCCCUUCGGCUCCACAUACGUUGCUUCCCACGCACUCGGCGUUAGAGCCGGUCUCGCUCAAAUCGCACCCAGCAUUAUCGGGCUUGAUCCUCGAAGGGUGGACCGCAUCAACGACGCCAUGGAUGCCGCGCUACUCGGUCAUGAAGCCGCAAAGGCAGCCAUAGAUAUAGCAUGCUGGGACGCCUUUGGAAAGUCUGUCGGAUUGUCUGUCUGCGAACUCCUUGGUGGAAGAACGAAUGUCAAGUUACCUACGAUUUCUUCCAUUGGUGUGAUGAGUCCGGAGGAUGUGCGUAAGCAAGUUGCUAAAGACCGAGCGAAUGGGUAUAGAGGCUACUCAAUUAAGAUUGGACAAGAGCCUGCAGCGGAUGCAGCACUGAUUGUCGCAGCAAUGGCCGACAAGCAACCGGGAGAAUUCUUUCUUGUCGACGCAAACUGCGGGUUGACUGUUGAAACCGCGCUCCGAACGCUGAAGUUGUUGCCGGAGGGGCUGGAUUUUGUCCAUCCCAUGAUAUUCGACGAGCUUGCAACCAACGAAGCCUCUAUUGUGCAAGCAAUUGCCGAUGAUGCGGCAGAAGGCAUUGGAUUCAAGAUCUCGAAAGCUGGUGGUUUGACCAGAGGUCGUCGACAGCGCGACAUCUGUAUAGCUGCCGGCUAUACUAUUAGUGUUCAAGAUACGGUCGGCUCUGAUAUCUCAUUUGCCACAAUUGUCCAUUUAGCCCAGACGAUUCCAGAGCGGAAUUUGCGAUGCAUAUUAGACACAAGAGAUAUGGUGACGGUGAAGACGGCGGAUUGCGACUAUCCUGUUCACGACGGUCUUGUCACAGCACCGAGUGCGCCAGGCUUGGGCAUGAAGCCUCGCUUGGAUGUCCUGGGAGAGCCAGUUGCUAGCUACUACUAGGACAUUAGCUUUAGUGCCGCUUCGAGACUGAUUUGGCGGUUAUUCAUACUAUGCUUCAAAAUAGCUAUGACUAGGAUGAGCAUACCGAAGUCAAACUGAGAUUAAAAAAAUAGAGUCUUCGCUAUUACCAUCAUUGUCUACAGAACUUUUCUUACACCUAAGAUGCCAUUCCGCAGUAUGUAUCAUUUCAUAUGAACUUCUAGCGGUGGAUAGGCGUUCGUAAAUUAGUUGUUAGCAGCGAGAAUGUAGGGGACAAUAAUAAAUCAAAUAAAUGGCAGACUAGACACUUGAUGUC